GGUUCGGCGAUUCCUCGGCUUUGUUACAGAUUCACCGACUAGACGCGCCUAGGACAACAUUCCAGCGGUGCCGUCCGACUCAGUGUCCUGCGGACUUCCGACGGUGGCGGUUCACUUUCCGACGACUUCCGGCUAUUCCGAGGUUUCGCGAGGUGUUCUGGUUAGUCCGGGUUGGAAGUUGGUCCUGUAAGAGGGAAGGUGUUGAUAAGGCGAUUUCGUCGUCGUUUGUGAGUCGUUUCGAGCGAUUGUUAUUCCGGUUCCGGUCAAUUGAGAAGGGAGAGAGAGUUUGAGGUUAUGUUGGUUAAUUUAGCUCGCGCGUUCCGGAGUGUGCCACGUGGCGUAUCGACAGCAGCUGGUCGUUUAAAUUAGGUGACGUGUGACGUGCGAUUUUGGUGAAAAUCAAUUCCCGGCCUAAUCAAUUAUGUAAAUUUGUUCUAAAUGAUCGCUAAUUGAAUCGAUUGAUGAGCCGCGUCUAAACGAGUAAGAGGAAGAGUGAAAGGCGGAAGGGGAAGUUUGUGGUUAAUUUAGGCUCCUCCCCCCAUUUUGUGCUCCCUUCCUGUAGUGGUUCCGUUUAGACGGGAGCGGGAGUGAGGAGGAAAAAACCGCCAAAGUGUAAUUUUGGCUCAGUGGUGGUGCCGGAAAACAGGAUUCAUUUAUUUUGGAUUGGUUGCCGGAAACGGCGCCGUAACGAGAGCGGACGGAAGAACCAGACGCGGAGCAGAACAACAGCUGAAACAACUAAACACAAGAGGAGAGGAGUAAACAGCAAGCCAUGAAAUUCGCCGCAGUGCUGUGGUGGCUCUGGCUGCAGCUCGCAUUUCGAGAUUGCAACGGAGUCAAAAUCACCCACCUCUCCGUACCACGAGCGUACGUCCUGACGAAUUACCACCGCGAGCACAGUGUUGCCAGCAACGAGCUGUACGGUGAUGGCCGGGGUCGCGCCCUGUACGGCCGGUACGGCGAAUCCCCGGACGAAGACGAAGACCCCCAGCAGCAGCCGGUAAGAUCCGCUUCGAGCUCGGCUUCCGGUGGCCACUCCGGCGAGCAUCUGGUCAUGGACUGCGAGUACGAGAUCGACCCAGACGAGAAGGGCUUCGUGCUGAAGUGGUACUUCAAUUCGAAGCCGAUCUACCAGUGGAUCCCCCCGGGGAGGGCUCCGUCCGGGAUGAACUUUAUGAAGAACCAGGUCAACCGGAGCUACACCGUGAGUGACAGGGAAAUGCACAAGCACAGGGCGCUGGCACUGGUGCAGCCGUUGAGGAACUUUACCGGCGAGUACUCGUGUGUGGUGUCUACCUUUGAGACCGAGGACAUCCGGUCGGCGACGAUGGUGGUCAUUGUCCCCGAGUCCAACUUUGUGCUCAAGUACUACAACCACCAGAUCGACAACCUGGUCACCGUGGUUUGCAGCGUGUACGGCAUCUUCCCCGUCCCAACGCUUACCCUGUGGAUCAACGAGCACCAGCUGGACGACGUCACGGGCAACAUGUUGUACACUUCGGCCGAACUGUACGACAGCUCGAUCAGCAUCCAGCUGGUGCUGUACGAAAGCAUCCAGCCUGACGAUGUCAUCCGGUGCAGUGUUGCCAUCAACGGGACCGAAUAUGGGAAGACGAAGGAAACGGUGUUUGUUGAUAUCAACAGUCGACCACUUUUGGAUCACAACUCCGUGCUAGAUCCGGUGUUACCCUCAACCACCGAAGCUGGCAGCACUUCCACCGCUAGCAGCUCCAGCUACCCCAGUAGAGAUUCCUCGACCUCCCCGGAACCCACAACUCCCUCGCCGGCGCUCAGGCCAGCAGCCUCCAGCACUUCUUCCCCAUCUCCACCGCCCGUUGAGCAGCACCCGCCAGCGAUGCCAUCCGGGAGGCCAACGUUCCACCAGAAUCUGUUUCCGGUUAAGCGGCUGCGGCCAACCUCGUCCCACGUGCUGACCGUCCAGCAGGCGAACCCUCCCGGCGGCGGCGAUUCCGACGAGAUCACCAACGUACUGGACUUUAAGGAGAUUUUCUCGUUCAACGAGAACCAACUGUACAGCAGUACCAGCGGAGCGGGGGGCAGCGUUGCCAGAGCCCACCCCUGGCAGUGGCUGCGGAUGCUCACCGGUCUCGGCGUGGUGGCCGCGUCGUGCUGGCUCGGAACGCAACUUGGCAGAAACAGAAAAAGUUCGCCGCUGUAAUAUAAAUCGUGAAUCGUUUUCCCCCUUUUCUGGGAG